AUGGGAGUGCACAACUCGUCCCCCUCCGCAUCAUUUGUCAUGCAAAAGCCCAAAUCCAAGUGCUUCCUUGUUGUAUUCUUUGCAUCCGGAACAACCCCAGACAGUACUACACUAGGCGCACGAAUAAUGUCAAUUCGUCAUCCACAGGCUCCACGUGUGCUCGUGUUUGUAUUGCUGUUCAUGCAAUACAAAUCAGGAGAAGGUGGAGUUGUGCACUCUCAUAAGCUGCGGGUGCGGAACAGUACGGGCGGUGAAGUGUCCUUCAAGAUCAAGAAGCAUUCGACUUUGAAAAAACUGAUGGAGGCCUACUGCCAGCGGAUCGGCACCUAUGAAAGUGCACAAGUAGAAGUAGUUUCAUCUCUCCCCUCAAACCAUCAAGAUGUCAUCUGAAGAAGCAGGCACGAACAAGCGAAACACAGACAGAAUCAGUAUCAGUUCAGUAUAUAGCAUCUGCAUGACAAACAGCACGUAGCCGCCGGGUACUUACGAAAAAAUCGUCAUACAUCAUUGCGUUUCUGCAUGACAACGGAGGAAGAGGUAAACUGGUUGUGCAGUCUCAUAGCCUGCGCAUUGGCGAGGUGCGUUUUAUGGUCGAUGGGGAGCGGGUGGGCGAAAACGACACCCCGGAUGCGCUCGGCUUUAUGCAAUGCAAAUGUAUAAUCUGGUGCUGGAAGAUGAGAGCAAACUUCAACUUGUGAUGCUAGCUUUGGACAAUGCCAAAAAUCUGUAUUCUUGUGUCAGCAAGAGAUACAGAAACAGCCUGGCUUCUGCAACAUGGAAGGCGCGUUUCUCAUGCACGACCCGGAUAGUACGCAUUAAAAAAGAGAUUAAAACAAGCCUUCGGUGGAAGAAGAUCUUUGAUGCUAGGAGAUGCCAUGUAUUACAAACAUCCUCGACGAGAGAAGUCGAUGUGGUCAUGGCAACCAUCUGCUUGCUUCAUCUUCCACAAGUGACUACUGAGACUACAUAUUUGCACUGCAUAGUCGUGCACGACGACGACUUGAUUGACGUUGCGGUAGAACAGACAGGCGGCGGCUUUCCGUCGACGACCCAGCGACAAGACGGCGGGCGGAUUUGAAGAUUUUGAGCAAAUAAACAGAGCGGAUUCAACAAUUUUUUGCAACGAGGACUACUGCUUAUUGAGACUACUUACUCCGCGAAAUACAACAAUACUGCUCGAGGAACUACCAGAAUUCGGGAGAAGAAAGCCCACACUCCUGUGAGGAUGAAACUACCACGCUGUGAGAAGUGUUGGGAACAAUUACAAUAAGCCACGACAACUGCAAAAUAAAGAGGAGCAAAAUUACGGAGGCCUUCUGGUGGACACACACGUUCGUUGUCGUGAUAGUGCUACUUAGAUCGCCCACCCCCCGCGGGGGCUCCCUCUGGAGAAAAAACCGAUGAUAUAAUUUGCAUUCCUUUUUUCACAAGAAUCACUUUGUACCACGCGACACAAAUAU